AUGGAGGCAAACGAUUUGAAAAGAAGUAGUUCAGUAGAAGUGCCUGAGGUCAAAAGAACUAAGGGUUCUUCUACACCCCCUAUUCACGAAAUGGUUGGUGGUUCAUCAGUUAGGCAAUAUUUAAAUCAACAUCUCACUCAACACUUACUUGCAGGAUUGAAAGAAAUUGGCAAUACCAAACCAGAAGAUCCAUUGAGAUGGUUAGGAGAAUACUUAAUAAAGAAAUCUGACGAGGAGAAAUCAACCAAAACUGAAGACUUAAAGGAAGAAGAAGAAGAAGAAGAAGUAAAAUCAACUGAAAUAUAA